GGACCGAGGAAUGCUGUUUGAAGUCUGGAACCAGACAUUCCAGUCGUUGAAUCAAUUUGAUUGGGAUACCAGUGCCUCAGACUACCAUUCCGUGCAUGUUCUGGAGGCAAGUUCCCCCGAAGAUCAUCAAUUAGGGGUGGACUACUUCAUGGGUCGGCUGCGGGGAUUCUUUGUUCCGCCUCGCACCGGUGACUACCAGUUCAAAAUCAUUGCUGACGACGAUGCUAAGUUAUACUUCAGCCUGACCGGUGACCCAAAGAACAAGAGCCAAAUAGCUUUUCUGGACAGAAAUAUUGGCAACUGGUAUGCAAAUGCAAAACAAACCUCUGAGAAAAUCCUACUGACAGCCAAUCAGAGCUACUACUUGGAAGCAGUGUACAGGGAGCGCGCCGGACGAGAUUAUCUCCAAAUUGGAGCUGUGUUCUUUGAUGUGCCCAUGGUUAGGGCCGACACUCCCUUUGCUAUGAAUGAGGUUCAGAAGAUUAAAACUUCAUCAGUUUUGGCACUGGAGCAACAGACGGUGACAGUAGAGGGCGCUACGUACGAGAAGCAGGAGGUGGUUGUGAAGACCUCAUCAUGCUCCACAGCCAAUUGCAGUUACAAACUGAAGUUUGGCCAACUAGUCACAGGUGACCUGAGUAUGUCAUCGUCUGCAGACGAAAUGGAGACGGCACUGAAUAGCCUCGUCAGUCCGGAUGCAGUCAGUGUAACCAUGGCAGCCAGCAGUGGCACAACAACGUAUACAAUUGAGUUUCAGUCAACCCAAAACAACCUGCCUCUUUUGGUGGUCGUUAAGGAUGACCCGAGCCUGGACAUCACUGUCAGCAAGACGGUGGACUUCUCUCCUAUCAGUCUGGACAACUUCAACAUCAUGAUGGAGAACUCUUCGACGGUCGAUUUGUCCUCAAGCUCUACUGCCCAGGAGGUUCAGCAGUCCCUGAUGGAUUUGUUCAGUGUCCAGUGCGAGACAAUCGGGACACCCAGGGCCUACUACGAACAGGGCUUUGAGGUCGGGGAAGUCGGGGAAGUGGAUGAUCACAUCAUCAGGGAUGAGGAGCCCUAUUGCGGCCGAGGUUUACUCAAGAACCCGCCCUCUGUCUUUAUUGCUGGCAAAACACUGAAGCCCGGUACCUCUGAGACUGUGAAGGCCUUUGACGUCAGGUACAAUAAGUGGCUUUGCACAGCACACCGGGGUGAGAUGAAAAAUCGCAUCCAGCUGAAGCAGCGCUGGGUGGACAGAAACGGCCAGGAACACUCCAGCUGGCAGACGUACGACGACGGGUCACUGGAUUUCUCAUCUGCAAAGUGGAACUUCAAAUGCAUUGACAUUUUUGACAUCACGACCAAGAGUUCAUUCUACGAGAGCCAUCAGACGGGCUACCCAUUAUUGGUGGAACACAUCAAACUGUUUAGAGCAGACGGCCAAGAUUUCUUCAUAGAUAAUUUGUACAUCGGCAAUGACCAGCCACAGUAUCUCCGCACAAAGCCGGCUGUCCAGCCAAAUGGCAUCUUGGUAAUGGACGUGAAUGUCAGAAAGCGAGGCUACAGCUUCGACAUCACGUUCACCUCGGGCAAAUGCGGCUUUGGCUACCCGCUGCUGUCCAUCAAGGACGCCGUCAAAACUGUGGACGAGAAAAACAGAGCUGUUUACACAAGCACUGCCUGGCCGAAUGGUGUCAGCAUCUCGGUCGCCCGCCAAGAAAAUGCAUCGGAGCCAGUCGGCGGAACCUUUGGUCUCAGUUUGAAUGGCAGCGAGCCCCAAAUCGACGUUUCGUUCGAGGCAACAGCAGGAAAGCUGAAGGAACUUCUGGAAGGCAGUUUUGAUGUGGGUACAGUGAAGGUUGGCAGACAGGGCUCAUGUAUGGGCUACACGUGGAGCAUCGAAUGGCUGUCCAAAGGAGGAAGUCAUCCACUCCUGCAGGUGGACGGUGACAACCUAACAGGCAACAAGGUAGACGUCAAUGCCUCAAAAUCAGUUGAGGGUCAGUUCCUUAUGGGGCCUAUCCCAGGCGAGUUCUUGAGGCAGCUGUACGACAAACCUCAGGUGGAGGUCAUUGUCAACACCAUCCCUUCCAGUUGCUCAAAAGAACAAUGCACUUUUGAAUUCAGCGAUGAUUACACAGCCAAAGUGGAAUCCUCCACUCCAGCUUCAGGCACUGCGGGUACCAGUCUGACGUUGACCGGCUCUGGGUUCAGCACCACCAAGGAGAUGAACCUUGUGACCAUCGGUGGGGUCAGCUGUGAAGUCACGGCUGCCACUGACACGUCAAUAACAUGCAGCAUGGGUGAGGUGGCCGCCGGAACACAUAAAAUCAGCGUGGAGAUUGAGGGACAGGGUCUAGCACGCUAUCCAAAUGGACCCUUGUCAUUUCAAUUUGAGCUUGGCCUUACUACAAUCAAUCCAACUUUUGGAAGCUUAGCUGGCGGAACCAAAGUGACAAUUACUGGGAGCGGAUUUAGCCAAGACAAGGAGGAUGUGGACGUUUCUGUCGGGACUCAGGCGUGCCGGAUCGAUUCAGUCAGCUACAGUGAGAUCAUCUGUGUCAUCGCAUUAAAUGCAGAGGCACCAGAUUCCUCCGUGGAUGCAGACGUGACAGUAACAGUAAAUGGGGUGUCUAAGGAUCUGUCAAGUUCUUUCACCUUUGACCCGACAAAGACACCAACUAUUACUAGUAUAAGCCCAACAAAAUCGCAUGUAGAUGGUGGCGAUGAGCUCACCAUCACUGGAACAGGCUUCACUGUCUCUGGCGCGGUGGUCUCAAUUGGAGAAGGGGACUGUGAGGUCACAAGUCAAACUGACACAGAAAUCAAGUGUACGAUACCCGAGCACAAUCCUGGCACCUUCUUUCUUGAACUCGCCAUCACUGAUCAAGGUUUUGCUAAAACAAACGGAAUAAGUUUCCUAUACGACUUGGAGGUGACAGGGAUAUUCCCGGACUAUGGCUCCCUGCAAGGACAAACGGAGGUUGCUAUCACGGGGUCAGGCUUUGGCACCAACGCCAGCGACGUCUCUGUCAGUCUAGGGGAUUUAGGAUGUGAGGUGAAGGCCGUGAACGACGACUCCAUCCGCUGCAUCACCGCAAGCUCCGGGAGAACGCACAAGGUCGACAACAGCGGCAAGCACAAUUCCUAUGGCUUAGGGUACAAAUGGAAUCCCCAGGUGCUGACGAUCCUGGCCGGGGACGUGGUGGUGUGGAAGUGGACUACAUUGGACUACGUGACAGGCAUUACGUACUCAGUCCACCAGACAGCCACUGCUGAUGCCGUGGAUUACGACGGGACGGGAUUCUACAGUGGCAGUCCAACUCCAAAUGACGUGUUUGUCCAUCGCUUUUCUGCUCCUGGCACCUAUUACUACUCCAGUGAAGAGGUUGCCCAGAACAGCCAGCUAUACAUGAAGGGAGUAGUCAAAGUGAUUGAGGCCACGUCGUCCUCGCACAGACUGACUGUGGAAGUGGCUGGCCAUGAAGCUCAGUACGACACGAAGUCAGGCGCAACUGCACCAGUAAGUCCAGACGCCUGUCCCGGAACAGCCACUACCAUUUCUGGAUGUGACACGCCCAAAUCAAGCGGCGAUGAUGCUGACAGCUUCUACUUUGCCUAUUGGAUCUGCAGCACUCCAGUCAUCAGCAAAGUCACCCCUAACCAGGGUGACUCAAGUACAACUGUAACAAUCCAGGGCAAAGGAUUCAGCACAGAGAAAUGUGACAAUGAGAUUUCUGUUGGUGAUUUCUCCUGCGACGUGCAGACCAGCACAGACACUGAGCUCACCUGCCAUGUUGAUCCAGCCAACAGCAUGAAGGUCGGGGAGCCGCAGUUAGUAUCAGUCAAUGUUAAGAAUAGCGGACGGGCCUUGAACCAGAUCAAGUCACCGGCGGAGCAGGGUUUCACCCUCAAACCUCGCAUUGAUUCCAUUUCCCGGCACGAGGGAUCUGUCAGCGGCGGCACAGAGAUCACCAUCAGCGGGAGUGGCUUUGUGGCAGUCGGGGACGGGGCGGUGUCAGUGCGCAUUGGCGACCGGGGCUGCCUAGUCCAAUCCCGGACCUACACACAGAUAGUGUGCAUCACCAGCAAUACCGGAGGUAGCGGCAGAGCUCGCAGAGCUGCAAGUUCAGACCUGUCACUGGAGGUCGGCUCCCAGCAGGCCGUCUGCAGCAGCGACUGCAGCUUCAGUUUUGCAGACAGCAAGACGCCCCAGGUUGACACCAUCACACCACAAACCAUCUCAGCGGGAAGCACCGCUGUCACCAUCACCGGCUCUAAAUUCACCACCGACCCAUCGUCCGUCAGAGUCACCAUCGGGGAUGUGGAGUGCUCAAUCACCAGUGCCACGGAAAUAGAAAUCCAGUGCACAGUCAGCUACGUCCCCGCCGGAAGCCAAGAAGUGGUAGUGAACAUUGCCGACAAGGGUGAUGCCAAUUUUAACACAGGCAACACGGUGACCAGUUCCAGGGUCAUUAGCAGUGUCGUCCCUGCCACGGGCAGCACGGCAGGAGGCCAGGUGAUCACCAUCUCAGGAAAUGGUUUCGUGGAGGGGAACACAGAGGUCAAGAUCGACGGUCAGGUGUGCGAUCUUGAGAGUGUGAGCCUGAGCGAGGUGAAGUGCAAGACUCGGUCGCACGCAGCCGGUAAAGUCAAGCUUAAGGUGAAGUCUAAUGACGGAGACUAUCCAGCCCAAGAUUACGAAUAUUCAGCCGCAGCUACACCCACAGUCACAUCAGUGACCCCAUCCAAAGGUCAGUUCAUAUUCAUUUGGUUAGGAGUCCAUGGCAAAUGAAAUGCAGCCUCGAAAAUUCUGUAUGUCCAACUUUCAGUCCCGGUGCACAGAAAGGGGACACACCAAUUGGGUAAAGCAACUUAAAACAGGUUCUUAUGAAGAGAAUACAAACCCAACUCUUUCAAAAAUUUUGCCCAUAGGCACAGGCAUGCAACGAUAAACAGUGCAGAACUGAAGCUUUAUGACAGCCCACUCAUGGAUUUAGCCUUUUGAUUGGCUCAAACCAUGUCACAUGUUUUACCUCUUUACUAUUGACAGCUCACACCGAAAGAGGCUAUACCUUUGCCGCCUUGUUCUGAAAAUAUCAGACGCAUAACAUCAUCCAGCGAAUAUCCAAAAUGUUAACACUUUUAGGCUGGACAUGGGUAGACCUGCGCUGUGUUAAGGG